GAUGAUGACGAUGAGAAGGAGGAAGUGAGACAGGUUCCUGAAAGCCCCAUGAGGCGCUCUGCUCUCAACCCACAGCAGUAUGAUAUGUGGAAGUGAAAGCAGCAGCAGCAGCUGAACCGACUAAACCUAAGGCUGAAAACAAAGACAAGCGGAUUGUAAUUUCUCCGGACAGGUCGGUUCGAAGACGUCACACCAUGGCUCAAGGCUGCCUCAAGUGUUUGAAAUACACCAUGUGUGUCGCCAACCUCCUCUGCUUUUUGUGUGGCGUGGGGGUGCUGGGCCUUGGCGCGUACAUGAUGGUGAACUUCAAGUUGGCUUCGCUCACUCCGACCCUGGCCAGCUUCAACAUAGCCAACAUGCUGCUGAUCAGCGGCAUCAUCAUCACCUGUGUGUCCUUCCUGGGCUUCCUGGGUGCUCUAAAAGAAAACCGGUGUCUCCUCCUGACGUUCUUUCUACUGCUCUUCCUCCUGAUGUUGGUCGAGCUGGCUGCAGCUUGCCUGCUGCUCGUGUACGACGGAGAGAUAUCUAAAUGGGUGGAAAGUGACCUCAAAAAAGGUUUGAAUAAUGCAAAAGGAGGCACAAGCAAUACAACUGAGCUGAUGAGCGACUGGGCUCUGAUUCAGAAGACGUUCCAUUGCUGUGGAGUCUAUAAUAUCACAGACUGGGGACAGAACAUACCUGCGUCCUGCUGCAGAUCUGACCCAUGUAGCACAGGUCCCGACAAGUACUAUCAUGAGGGCUGCUUGAGUGGGCUGAAGAAUUUCUUUGAGCAACAUUUCCUAACCACUGGGAUUGGUGUCAUUGUCCUCUGCAUAAUUGAGGUCUUGGGAAUGUGCUUUGCCAUGACACUCUUCUGCCACAUCAGUAGAUCUGGACUGGGCUAUAAGAUAUGAACACCAUUCUUGCAAAUUCAUCUUCUAUCUUUGUGUUUUAGAGUUAAUGUCAUUGUACAGUUCUGUAAAAAAAAAAAAAAAAAAAAAAAAAAUCAAAAAAAAAAAAUCAGGUGUGUAGACAACUUUUUGUAAAGGUAUCCAGACCUACCUGUUUAAAUCAGAAUUAUUUGUUUUUGUGCUUUUUUCACACACCUGAUUGUUUCAUUUAUGGCCACUUUGGUCUUCUGAACUCAAGCUAUGUACAAUGCUAUUUCAGUCAGAGCAGUAUGCAUGACUUGCUUGUUUCCGAGUUCAUCCAGCUGUCUUUAAAGGGUACAUUUUUCAAAGAGAAUUCCUUUUUAAAUGUUUCUGUAAAAUAAAUAUUUACCAUUUACUGCAAUUGUCUUUCACCAACAUCAGAUAUUAAAGUAUGGCAAUAGAGUAUUGGUUAUGGUAAACAGU